AAGCAAUAGUUUGAAUAAAGUGAUUAAUCCAUUGGAUUUGACAUAUCUAUUGUGGACACAAUGGCCGCACUUUUGGACAAAAUCGGCAAAAUAUUCAAAGGAAGUAAUGGCUCUUCAGAUGUCAAACGUAAGAAAGUCUAUCACAACAUCAGAUUCAAUGAAAAUCCCGAAGACUUUUGGAGAAUCAUUGGAGAAGUAGGUGACGGAGCUUUCGGUAAAGUCUUUAAGGCUGAGAACCGGGAGACCGGCAAACUAGCGGCCGCUAAGAUCUGUGAGUUGAAAGGCGAGGACGAGUUGGACGACUUCACCGUUGAAAUUGAUAUACUCUCUGAAUGUAAACAUCAAAAUGUUGUCCAAUUACUUGAAGCCUUCUUUUUUGAAGAAAAACUAUGGAUGUUAAUAGAGUUUUGUGAAGGCGGUGCCAUUGAUUCAAUUAUGAUUGAUUUGGAGAAACCAUUAACUGAAAAUCAAAUUAGAUAUGUUUGCCAUCAUAUGUGUAAAGGACUGGACUUUUUGCACAAACAAAAGAUAAUUCAUAGAGAUUUAAAAGCCGGUAAUGUUUUGUUAACUCUUGAUGGAGAAGUUAAGUUGGCCGAUUUUGGUGUAUCGGCUAAAAAUAAGGAAACACUUCAAAAACGAGAUUCAUUUAUAGGAACUCCUUAUUGGAUGGCUCCUGAAGUAGUAAUGUGUGAGACAUUUCGUGAUAAUCCAUACGACUAUAAGGCAGAUAUAUGGUCUUUGGGAGUCACAUUAAUAGAAUUCGCUCAAAUGGAGCCACCAAAUCAUCAAAUGGCACCAAUGAGAGUAUUGCUCAAAGUGCAAAAAGCAGAUCCACCCAAACUAGACAACCCAUCGCUUUGGAGUAAAGAAUUCAGCGAUUUUUUAGCCCAUUGUCUCAUUAAAGAUCCCACACAACGAUCAACUGCUUCUGAACUUCUUAAUCAUGCAUUUAUUAGAGACGUUUCCGAUAAGAAAUCAAUUUUAGCACUAAUUAGUGAAUUUAAAGCCGAAGUUUUUGAAGAAGUUGUUACCGAAGAAAACGAUGACGAAAUUAUUGAGGAAACGAGUUCUGUUCGUCAAAGUGUUAUUACAGAGUCUCAGAUGAGUGUCGAAGAAAAUGAAAAACCAAAUGAUUUGGUUAUUUCGUCUUCAAUGACACCUAAAGAAGAGAAAAAGAUUGACUCUAAGAACGAAGAAUUAGUCAAAAGUAAUGAUUUGACUAAAGAGGAAAUGAAUAAGAAAUCAAAUGAAACUUUAACUCCCGUUGUAAGCCAUAGUCAUCAUCAUAAACGACAGGCACCAAAACCGCCGCAGAUUGUUAAUGACACUAAAAAUAUCAGCGAUAAAAUUAAUUCAAAUGAUAAUAAUAUUGAAACAAUACAACAAUUAGACACAACUAAUGAAAUCAAAAAUGAAAAUAAAGAAAUAAAAAAAGAUAAUAAUAUUGAAGAUAAUAAUGAAAAUAUAGAACCAAUUGCUAAAGGUUUGCAAAUACAAAACGAAGAGAAUUCAAUUGGCAAUUAUGAAGUUACUGUAACUCCAAUUCACAGCACAAUAAUUAAAACUGAAGAAUCUAUUGCUGACACAUCUCAUGUUUCGAUUGUUACCAUUGAUAACAAUGGAAAAGAUGUAACCAUUCAAACUGCCAGCGAUGAAGAAAAUUCGUUGAAGACAAGUAACUCAUUGAGUGGUUAUUUGAAUAAUACAUUUAAAGAUGAAGUAGUAGUCGUUGGCAAUGAUUUGUUUUCGGAUAAGAUUGUUGUCAAUACAGAGUAUAUGCCUUCAAAUGAUGAAAAUGAGACCAAAAUUGUAGGCACAGAGUCAGAGAGUGCUGACCAGAUUUCAAGUCAGAGCUCAUCGCAUAUUGACGCCGAUGAUAGUCUCUCUAUACACACAUCAUCUUCAGACAACAGUGCAAAUAAUUCAGAUAAACCAAGAAUUAAAGUUAACUUAAAUUUAGUUUCCGAGUCAGAACACGAGCCUUAUUCACAUCAAAAAGAUACCAACGAGACACCGAAAACACGUGUAGAUCAGGUGCCAGUUGUUAACGAUAAUAUGACACCUAAACAUACCGGUAAUUCAUUUACUAAAUCAAACGUUACAAACGGUGUCAACUCUCCGAAAUCAAAAGUCAAAACAAAUGUUUCUGCUCUUAAACGAGAGCUUUCAGAUUCCGGUAGUUUUCUCAGUGUUAACAGUGAUAAAGAAAAUAGUAUUUCAAAUGACAAUCAAAAUAACACUCAAAAUCCUAUAGUUUUAAGGAAAAGACGCGAAAAGGAAUAUCAAAUGAAAAAGAGUGGUACAACUCAUCAAAGUUCAGCACAAAAGAAGACAUUGACCAGAACUCGCAAGUUUCUCAUCGAUGGUGUAGUCGUUACCACAACUACUAGUAAAGUGAUUUAUGGAGAUUCAGAUAAAUUACGCGAAGACCAUGUUUUGAGAAAACAAGAGUUGCGUGAAUUAAAAAUGCUUCAAAAGCAAGAAAAUAAACAAUUUCAGGAUUUGUCGUUCAAAGCACAGUUCAGUAUUGAACAACAAGAGAAACGAUUUGAAGUCGAAAUGAUUGGUUUGAAACGCAAUUAUGAUAACGAUUUGGAUGCACUUAAUAGACAGCAAAAACAAUUGGUCGAAAAAGCCGAACAACAACAGGAAAUGGAUUUAAAGUUUGCCUCAAAAAAGAUUAGAGCGGAACAGGAAAGGGAUUUAAAGCAAUUUCGUGAAUCUAUUAAAAAUGAGCUAAAACUGCUUAAACAAGAAGUAGAUCUAAUGCCUAAAGAUAAGCGUAAGGAUAUGUUUCGUGUGAGAAGAGAAAAGUUAGAUUUCGAGCACAACGAAAGGGAACGACAUUUUAUUGAAAGUCUUAAUGAUAGUCACGAUAUGUCUCUCAAAAGAUUAAGUGAGAGUCAUCGCGACAAACUCGCUCUUCUUGAGAGACAAUUUCUUCAACAGAAACAACAACUCCAAAGAGCCAGAGAAGCUGCCAUUUGGGAGCUCGAAGAACGACAUCUUCAUGAAAAACAUCAACUUUCAAAACGACAACUUAAAGACUCAUUUUUUCUUCAAAGGCAUCAAAUGCUUGUUAGACACGAAAAGGAAUUAGAACAAGUGAAACGAAUGAAUGCUUUACAAGAAGAUGAACUUCUUAAAAGACAAGCCAUUGAAAGAAGACAUUUACCAAAGAGAAUUCGUUCAGAAAUGAAGACAAGAGAAUUAAUGUUUAGGGAAAGCUUACGCAUAAGUAUGGCUAACCUUCCAGCGGCCUCUUCUUCAGAUGAAGAAAGAGAUAAACUAAAGAGAUUUCAAGAAAGUGAGAAAAAACGAUACAAAGCGGAACAGUUAAGACAAGAACACAAACAUAAUAAACAAUUAGAAGAUUUGAGACUAUUUUGUGAAUCAACAAUAAGAGAUUUGGAGCAAAUCCAGAAUGAAAAGCGAAAGGCUCUGAUGGAACACGAGACCGUCAAACUUAAACUUCUUGAGGAACAACAUAGCAAUGAGUUCCGAGAAUGGAAGGCACAUCUUAAGCCUAGAAAACAGAGAUUAGAGGAAGAGUUUAUGCGUCAGCGCGAAGAACAGGAGCGCUUCUAUGGCUCUAAUAUGCCGUUUCUCAAUGAACUGACAUUGGCCUCAACAGCUGAUCAUUUAUCACAUAUUUGCCAUCAAAGUGCCAGCGGUUCGAGCACUUGUUCAGUGCCCAGUACUCCGGGUUCGCCUAAUAAUGACAUGUCAUCGAAACAAGCAUUUCAUUGAUUGAGUCAUAAUUUAAAUGAAUGAAUGAAUUGUUGUCUAACAUUCAUUGGUUUUCAUCUAUUUAUUUGUUAUAUAACU